CCUCCAGCUUGUGUUUGGGGAACCUGAACAGUUGCAUGCAGGGAAGUUUGAACCUUUUGGAAAUGAGAUGAAGCUCAGAAUGUCCGGCUGUGUGCUGAACUCAGACCUGGACUGGUUUUGGUGACAGGGUCCAGCUUCCCUGCAUUUGUGACAUCAUGGCUUGGUUCAGCGUGAACACCAGUAACACCAGUUUGGAGAAUUCUCUGUCUGAUGAGCCUCGAGAUGAGCGCCUGGCUCAGGUGGAAAUAGCCCUGCUGUCCAUCGUCUUCAUCACGUCGGGUUCCCUCAACGUUGGGCUUCUGCUGGUGUUGUGGAAGCGGAGGAAGCAGCUCACCAGGAUGCGCGUCUUCGUUUUCCACCUUUGCGUCGCAGAUCUGGUGGUCACGUUCUUCCAAGUUUGCCCUCAACUCAUGUGGGACAUCACCGACAGAUUCAUCGGUCCGGAUCUACUGUGUCGCGCGGUGAAGUAUCUGCAGGUGGUCGGGAUGUUCGCCUCCACCUACAUAAUCGUCGUGAUGACCAUAGAUCGAUAUCAAGCCGUCUGCGACCCCAUGGUGACCUUCCAGAGGAGACGAGCGCGCUGGAACGGCUCGGUGUGCGCCGCCUGGUGGUCCCUCACCGGCAGCCUCCCGCAAGUCUUCAUCUUCUCUCGGGUCGAGGUGGCUCCCGGCGUGUACGAUUGCUGGGCGCAGUUCGUGAAGCCGUGGGGACUGAAAGCCUACGUGACCUGGACGACUCUGGUGAUUUUCGUCCUGCCGGUUCUCACCGUGAUCGCGUGCCAGGUGCGCAUCUGCCGCGCAGUGCACACCAACCUCCACAUGAAGACGCACCGCGCCGCAGAGGUGGUCAGCAAGCCGCUGUCCUCCAGGGCCAGCAGCGUGGCUGGCGUGUCAAAGGCGUGGGUGGAGACGGUGAGAAUGACGGUGGUCGUCGUGCUCGCCUACAUCCUCUGCUGGGCGCCUUUCUUCACCGUGCAGCUCUGGUCUGUGUGGGACGUCCAGACGGCGACCUUCACCGUCUUGAUGCUUCUGGCCAGCCUGAACAGCUGCGUAAACCCCUGCAUCUACCUGGUGUUCAGCGGGAAGAUGCCCAAGAAACUCCUGACCCUGACGUGCGUGAGCGAGCCUGAUCGGAAGGAGUCCAUGCAGGAGGAGGCCACUGUGGUCAGCUCUCUGUACAUCAGCCUUAAGGGCCUGUCAGACAACAGAUAA